AUGUUUUCUGCAAAGAUUACAAAUUUUAUACAAGUUACAGGGUGUGCUGAUGAAACAAUCGCAGAUUAUUUUCUCAAGAAGAACAAGCUACACCUUAACAACGCCAUUGAUGAUUUUUAUGCAAAUGGCCAUGUGGUGGUUCAAGAAUCGGCAAACGCUAAAGUAAUUAGCCAGAUAUUUGACAAAUAUACAGACAAUGAUUCUAAAGAUCAAAUUGGAAUAGAUGGGGCUCUGUCUUAUUUCUCAGACAUGGGAAUCGACGUUGAGAAUGACGUCGAAGCUCUGAUUGCCGCAUAUAUCUUAAAAUCGCCUAGUACAUGCAUUUUCAAUAAAACAGAAUUUGUGAGUGGCUGGUGCAAUGUAUCGCCUGAAAUAACUUCAGUAGCAGACAUGGCACGAUACCUCCAUCAUGCUAAAAACAAUUGUGAUUUAAUGAAAAAAGUGCAUAAUUUUGCAUUUAUGUAUGCAUUAGAUGAGGGCGAACGUAAACUCGAAAUUGAUGCUGCUGUUGCGUUGUGGAAGAUUAUAUAUAAGGCUGACUUUGCUCAUUUUGAGGAAACAGGGAAACAUACUACAGUCACAAAGUUUGUUAUUGAUUUCAUUGUUAGCGGGAAAAGUGGGAAAUCUCAGAUAAGUAGAGACGAAUGGGAAAUGUCUUAUGAUUUCUUUGUAAUUCCACUGGUGGAGCUUGAAAAUUACAGUGAAUCUGAAGCCUGGCCUGUCUUAAUGGAUGACUUUGUCGACUUCCUAUUUGGGAGAGUAUGA